AUGAGGACCAUCACGGCGAGGAGCCCCCACGACUCCUCCUUCUCCUUCUCCCGGAGGAACUUCAAGUGGCCGGUUCUUGUCAAGAGCAGCAGCCAUGGCGCCGCUGCCGGCGGCGGGGAGGAUGGCUCCGGCAAGGGCUCGGAGGCCGACGACGAGGACGAGUCGGCCAUGGCGUUCUCCUCCACCUGCCCGUCGUUCCGCUCGGAGGACUUCGUGUCCCCGCCGCCCAAGGCGCCACCUCCACCGAAGCAGCGCAGCAAGAAGUGCCGCACGGCGGUCUCCCGGCUGCGCACGGCGCUUGCCGCGGCCAUCGCCGGCCGGCACCGGCAGGUCGGGCUCGGAGCGCGGCUCACGGGCACGCUCUACGGCCACCGCCGCGGCCACGUGCACCUCGCGUUCCAGGUGGACCCGCGCGCGUGCCCCGCGCUGCUGCUCGAGCUCGCCGCGCCCACGGCGUCGCUGGUGCGCGAGAUGGCCUCGGGCCUCGUCCGCAUCGCGCUCGAGUGCGACCGCGCCAAGGGCGCCGCCAGCGCCGCGGCCGCGACCAAUGGCGGCGGCGGCGGCGGCGGCGGCGGCUGCAGGAAGCUGGUUGAGGAGAAGGCGUGGCGCGCGUACUGCAACGGCAAGGGCUGCGGGUACGCGGUGCGGCGCGAGUGCGGCGCCGCGGACUGGCGCGUGCUGCGCGCGCUGGAGCCCGUGUCCAUGGGCGCGGGCGUCAUACCGGCGGCGUGCGGCGGUGGCGAGGGCGACGUCAUGUACAUGCGCGCUCGCUUCGAGCGCGUCGUGGGCUCCCGCGACUCGGAGGCAUUCUACAUGAUGAACCCGGACAGCAGCACCGGCGGCAAUGGUGGCCCGGAGCUUAGCAUCUACCUCCUUAGAGUUUGA